UUUUUCUUUGGAUAUAAGCUCUUUCAUUUCUUGCUUUAUCUUUUCUACUUGCAUUCUUUUCUGUCUUUCUUUAAGCAUUCCUAUUUCUUCAAUCUAUUCUUGAUGGCUCGUCCGACAAAAGUACAUAUUAGUUUGGCCAUGUUUCUGGUUAUAAUUGCGUGCUUGAAGCAGUAUUCUGUUAAUGGAGAACCAAAAGUGCCUUGUUAUUUCAUUUUUGGAGAUUCCUUGGUUGAUAGCGGCAAUAACAACAAUCUUGCUACCACUGCUAAAGUCAAUUAUCCGCCCUAUGGGAUUGAUUUCCCGGAUGGUCCGACCGGAAGGUUUUGCAAUGGUCGGACCACGGCUGAUGUAAUUGGCGAGCUCUUAGGCUUUGAGAACUUCAUACCACCGUUUCUAAGUGCGAAUGGCACAGAAAUACUUAAGGGUGUAAACUAUGCAUCUGGCUCAGCAGGAAUUCGAACUGAAACCGGCAAGCAAUUGGGUGUUAACGUCGACUUGAGUACGCAGUUGCAAAAUCACCAAGUUACUAUCUCACACAUAAUUGACAUUCUAGGAAGCAAAGACUCAGCUACCCAGCACCUAAAUAAAUGCUUCUAUUCAUUUGUAAUCGGAAAUAAUGAUUACAUUAACAACUACUUCUUGCCCCAAUUUUACAAUACAAGCAUCCAAUAUACACCUGAGCAGUAUGCAGAAGUUCUUAUAGAAGAGUAUUCUCAACGCAUUAUGAAAUUGUACAAUUCUGGAGCAAGAAAGGUGGCCUUGACUGGGAUUGGUCCUAUAGGCUGCACCCCGGGAGCUGUUAAUUCCUAUGACACAAACGGUUCCUUGUGUGUAGAUUCAAUGAACCAGGCAGCAAACUUUUUCAACAACCGCCUUCAAUUACUUGUAGAUGAACUCAACAGCAACCUAACUGAUGCAAAAUUUAUCUACCUGAACACAUAUGGAAUCGUUUCAGAAUAUGCUGCUUCUCCAGGUUUCGACAUUAAAAUCAACGGUUGCUGUGAAGUAAAUGAAUUUGGUCUUUGCAUACCUUAUGAUGAUCCAUGUGAAUUUAGGAAUUUGCACUUGUUCUGGGAUGCAUUUCACCCAUCUGAAAUUGCAAACAAGAUCAGCGCAGGAAUAUCAUAUCUGUCUUUGAAGAAGAUUUUUGAAGUCUAUGAACCAGCCGACACGCUAGUCAAAACUAGCUAAUUCAGCUACCUUGUUUUGUUUUCAAGGACUGGUAGUUGCCAGAGGAAGGAAGUCCCCAGUUAACAAUCUGCCAAUUGGGAGAUAAUAAAGUUAUGCUAUGUAAUUCUGAAUUAUGUUAUCUCUGACAUACUUAAUAAUGUGUAUAGGUGAAAAAAAUUUCACAUAGCAUGGAUAUAUAUAAAUAUCUUGGCAUGAAA